AUGAAUACCACGAAGCGACAAAAGCAGCGGAAGGUCCUUUUGAUGGGAAAGUCUGGGGCCGGCAAAUCAUCCAUGCGCAGCAUCGUUUUCAGUAACUACGUCGCAAAAGACGUACGGCGGCUGGGCGCAACCAUCGAUGUCGAACACUCCAAUAUUAAAUUCAUGGGCAAUCUCAUGCUCAACCUCUGGGAUUGCGGUGGACAGGACGGAUUUGUGGAAAACUACCUGACACAUCAGCGUACCCACGUAUUCUCGUCAGUCGCCGUGCUGAUAUUCGUCUUCGACAUUGAAAGCCGCGAGUUUGCUGCCGACGUUGUAAGCUACGGUGCUAUAGUCCGCGCUUUGGCAGAGAACAGCCCCGGCGCAAAAGUUUUCGUUCUCGUACAUAAAAUGGAUUUGGUACAAGCACGGUUACGUUCGCAGCUGUUCGAGGAGCGUGUCGAUUACAUCCGAGCUGCGAGUGAAGGUUUCAGGGAUACUGUGGAGUUCUUCCCCACUAGCAUCUGGGACCAAAGUCUUUACAAGGCUUGGACGCAGAUUAUAUACUUCUUGAUACCCAACGCAAGAGGAAUUGAGGGUCUGCUGAGAGAGCUGGCUGAGGUGGUGGAUGCGAGAGAGCUGAUCUUGUAUGAACGAACGACUUGCCUAAUGGUCACCCACGUCACGAGGGGAGUCGAAGGGCAAAAUCCCUUUACAGAUCGUUUCGAACGCAUAUCCAGCAUCCUCAAAACCCACAAGCAGAGUAUGGCAAAACACACAGGUAUCCCAGCUGGAUCCUCCAACUUUGCCGAAAUGCAGAUCAAAACUGGUCGCUUCAUGUUCUUUAUCACACGACUGACAGAAAACACCAACCUCGCCGCCUCGAUACCCGCUUCGGAGCAAAUCUUCAACGCCGCACGUGUAAACAUCAUGCUCGUCCGACCUAGAUUCGCCGAACUUGACAUUGCAAACAAACCGCGUCCAGCCGUCCAACAAGCUUUUGCGCACUCUGCAGAAAGCGGAGCAGGACUAGUCAUGCCGGGUGAUGCUGAUGAGGGCAAAGGCAAAGGCAAGGAGAGAGAUGGAGCCUCUCGCGGUUUCGAGGCCUGA